AUGCUGUCCAGGUUUACUUGUGAAUUGGCACAAAAGUGGUCAACAGAAAGAGAUAACGAAAGAGACAACAAUAUUCGACAUGUUUCAGUAUUAAAACAAGAUAAAACAAAAAAUUUUACACCACGAGCAUCUGAAGUAUUUCAACAAUCGAUUCAUAUUCAUCAAAGUGCAUUCGCAUCACCUGCGCAACACUCCAGAGAAGAUGUUGAUGAACAAUUAGGUGGGCAGAAAAGUCUUAAAUGGAGUUUGAAAGCGCAAGAGGGGAUCAUCGCAUAUCAAUUACCGGACGCUCUGCUAGACGGUGUUGCUCUUCAUAAUAAACUUCAAAAAUUAAUGAAAUCGGAUAUAAUUUACCUGAAUGAUCGUCGAUUUUGGUUUGAAUUAGAAAAUCGUUUUAAGAAUUUACGUAAAAAACAACGUGAACAAGAUUUGAUUGCAAAAGGUCUUUUACCACAUACGACAGAGGAGGCUAUUAAAACAUUAGUCCAUGAAUAUGAUGAACAAAAACGCGUUAGAAAAGCAAAUAAAAUGGAUUUUGCGGAAGCAAUGAAGAACCCAUCGAAAGCGAAAAGCUGCUUAGCAGACUAUGUUCAAAGAAAACAUGUACACUUGAUUGACGGUGUGGGUGUUCCUGAAGAUCAGGAUCCAUUAGGCGAAGGGGGAGAACUCGAAGCUUAUGAAACAAACGACGUACAUCCAAGACUACAUAAAAUAUUCACUGAUUAUAAGUUUGAAACAACAAGUGGCAAACAAAUGGCAGAGAAAUAUGAAAAAGAAUUGUUGGAAGCACAAGCCAAAGUUAAAACAAUAUUUCCAAAAGCGAAUCAACGUGACAUGAUCCGCCAAGAGCUAGAGGCAGUAAAGACAAGUGAAGGACUUUAUGCCUAUUCAAAUCGUCUUCUCAAACAAAUAUUGCAGUAG